UCCAUCCCCCCGGCGACUCCUCCCGUCCCGGCCCCUGAGGAGGGAGCGGAGCCGCGCUCGGUUCCAGCGCCGCCAGCGAACCCGCCAUGUCCGGCCAAAGCCUCACCGACCGCAUCACGGCGGCGCAGCACAGCGUGACCGGCUCGGCCGUCUCGAAAACCGUGUGCAAGGCCACGACCCACGAGGUGAUGGGCCCCAAGAAGAAGCACCUGGACUAUUUAAUCCAGUGCACAAAUGAGAUGAAUGUGAACAUCCCACAACUGGCAGAUAGUUUAUUUGAAAGAACUACCAACAGUAGCUGGGUAGUGGUCUUCAAAUCUCUUAUCACAACCCAUCAUCUAAUGGUGUAUGGAAAUGAGCGUUUUAUCCAGUAUUUGGCAUCCAGAAACACAUUGUUUAAUUUGAGCAAUUUCCUAGACAAAAGUGGAUUGCAAGGUUAUGACAUGUCAACGUUUAUCAGGCGGUAUAGCAGGUAUUUGAAUGAAAAGGCAGUUUCCUAUAGACAAGUGGCUUUUGACUUCACAAAAGUAAAAAGAGGGGCUGAUGGAGUGAUGAGAACAAUGAGCACAGAAAAACUCUUAAAAACUGUACCAAUUAUACAAAAUCAAAUGGAUGCACUUCUUGACUUUAAUGUUAAUAGCAAUGAACUUACAAAUGGUGUAAUUAAUGCUGCCUUCAUGCUCCUCUUCAAAGAUGCCAUUAGACUGUUCGCGGCAUAUAACGAAGGGAUUAUUAACCUCUUGGAAAAAUACUUUGAUAUGAAAAAGAACCAAUGCAAAGAAGGCCUUGAUAUAUAUAAGAAGUUCCUCACUAGAAUGACACGGAUCUCAGAGUUCCUUAAAGUUGCAGAGCAAGUUGGAAUUGACAGAGGAGACAUACCAGAUCUCUCACAGGCACCGAGUAGCCUUCUUGAUGCUUUGGAACAGCAUUUAGCUUCUCUAGAGGGGAAGAAAAUCAAAGAUUCCACAGCUGCAAGCAGGGCUACCACCCUUUCCAAUGCAGUCUCUUCCCUUGCAAGCACUGGCCUGUCCCUCACGAAAGUGGAUGAAAGGGAAAAACAAGCUGCGUUAGAGGAAGAGCAGGCUCUCUUAAAAGCUUUAAAGGAGCAACGUCUAAAAGAGCUUGCAAAGAAGCCUCAUACCUCUUUAACCACAGCAGCUUCUCCCGUGUCAACUGCCGCAGGAAGCAUAAUGACUACACCAGCCAUUGAUAUUUUUUCUACCCCUAGCUCCUCUAACAGCACUUCAAAGCUGCCAAAUGAUCUGCUUGAUUUGCAGCCAACUUUUCAUCCGUCUGUACAUCCUAUAUCAGCUGCUCCACAAGUAGGAAGUACCUGGGGAGAUCCUUUUUCUGCUACUGUUGAUAGUGUUGAUGAUGCCAUUCCAAACCUAAAUCCUUUCCUUACAAAAACUAACGAUGCUGCUCAUCUGUCUGUGUCUUCUGAUGUAUCUACUUUCACCAGUAGGACACCCACACAUGAAAUAUUUGUUGAUUCUUUUUGUGGUCCUCAAGCUUAUCCUAACGCUUCUCAUUUCCGCAAUGAGCCUUCUUCUGUAGCUGGUCUAUUUGGAGGGUUCACCCCAUCUCCUGUUGCUCAGCCACAGCCAUCAGCUGGCCUUAAUGUUGACUUUGAGUCUGUGUUUGGAAACAAAUCUUCUAAUGUUGUCCCAGAUUCUGGUGGCUUUGAUGAACUAGGUGGUCUCCUAAAACCAACAGUGGCCUCUCAAAACCAGAGUCUUCCAGUUGCCAAAGUACCGCCUAAUAAAUUAGUGUCAGAUGAUCUGGAUUCAUCUUUAGCCAAUCUUGUAGGCAAUUUGGGCAUCGGAAAUGGAACUACUAAAAAUGAUGUAAACUGGACUCAGCCAGGUGAAAAGAAACUAACAGGUGGUUCCAACUGGCAACCCAAGAUUGCACCUACAACUGCGUGGAACGCUCCAACGUUGAAUGGCAUGCAUUUUCCACAAUACGCACCCCCUGUAAUGGCCUAUCCUGCCACAACGCCAACAGGAAUGAUGGGCUACGUGAUGCCAUCACAGAUGGGAGGCAUACCAGUAAUGACCCAGCCAACUUUGAUAUACAGUCAGCCAGUCAUGAGACCACCAAACCCCUUUGGCCCUGUACCGGGAGCGCAGCUGUCUGCAGCAUCCAGCCCUUCCAGUCAGAGUCCUCACAGAGCCUCAGGAAAGGAUCCCUUUGCAGAGCUCUCUCUCCAGGAUUUCUUGUAGAACAACUUAGAUUCAGUUUAUGUAACUGUGUUAGAUGGAAGAGAAAGGAACGUUUCCAAAAAGAUGUGCUCAGCAGUAAACUCCCAGGAAAAAAAUGAACUUCAGUCCCUCAAACUCUCCUCUUCCAUUAAGUGAUGCAGUGAAAUGAUGAAGACCGAUGAAGGAAGCUGGGACACCUCCAUAAGAAGACAUCAGUACACAACAAAAGCCAAGAAUUGCCAUGAAUUAAGACCAAGACCUAUUUUUGUCCUGGUGACUAACAAGUCAAUACUCUCAGCUUCUAAUAAUAUCCUUAAUUGGUAACGUACACAGAGAAGCCUUUAUUCUGGAAAUUGAUAUUGGUGUUUGGAAAUGCUGUCUGGAUUGGAGAUGUGUCCUUUACCGUAACUCAAAACAAGACUCUGGGCAGGGGAGGGUCGAAUCCUAACUCUUAAUUCUGCAGUUACCUUUUCAAUCCUCACAAAUGUAGGCACAGCAGUAAUGGAAAUUAACUUUUUUUAAAAAUUAUAUAUUCAGUUUGCAGUAGACAUUCCUUAUGUAUUAUUGUUUGUAUUUAUUUAUGAUUAUCAAUUUAACAUUAAUAUUGUAUCAAAAAAACCUCCUUAUGAAAAUGAGUAUGGAUGUAUACAGUAUGUCUGAUUUUUAUCCACAAAGAAUGAAUCUGAUUCAGAAUGCUUUUCAGCUGACAUACAGAGCACUAAAUAUUUUAAAGGUCUGAAUCUAAUGAAUUCUCAGUAUAUAUGGGAAUUAGGGAAGAGCUGUAAAAUGCAUUAAUCCUUAUAGUCAAUUCUGUGCCUAGGAUUUUGCAAGGGAACAGUUAACUGACUAGAAGAAGCACUACAUUUUUAAUUCAGCAUUAGUGCAUUGGGAAGGAACUUUAUUGCUUUGUGCUUGGCAUGUCAUUAUUUUUACAUUUGACAUUAUAAGGCCUUUCCAAGAUGAAUGUGAGGAAUUGCUUUCAUUUUUAAGACUUUCCUUCUUUUCUGUAAAAAAAAAUAAAUUGAGGUGUUGUGUGUUGGGGGGGGAAAGCCUUUUCAUUGGGCUCGUUCAUGAUCAUGUACCUUUUAAAAGUAAAAAAGGGGAAGUAGCUUCCUUACAUAUGUCUAGUGGGUAUUUAGUUCACGAGGAAUUCAAGUAGCGCUGUUGAUCGGUGCUUUGUGUAAAUACACCAUAACUUUUGGGUGGAGUGGGGCCUUCAGAAGGAUAGUCAAUGAUACGAAAGCAAUUCUGUACAUGAAUUAAGCAUACUUGCUGCAUUGUCUCUGCAGAUUCUAUUUUUGUUUAAAAUAUUAAAAUGUAUGUUAGCAAAAAUGGGUGGAUUUUCAAAUAAAAUGCAGCUUCCACAGAA